AUGUGCUCGACGCCCGGGCUGCCGACGCCGGGGGCCUCGCUAGCCCUCCGGGUGUCCUUUGUAGACGUGCACCCCGAGGUGAUCCCCGUGCAGCUAUGGGGGCUGGUGGGCGAGCGGCGGGAAGAGUACGUGCGGCUGAGCCGGGAGAUCCAGGAGGCGGCGGCCACGCGCGGCCCGUGGGCGCUGGGUGGCGCCUCGGCCUCGACGGGCGAGCUAUGCCUGGUGCAGAUGGGGCUGAUGUGGCACCGCUGUCGCGUAGUCAGCCGGCAGGCGCAGGAGAGCCGCGUCUUCCUGCUCGACGAGGGCCGCACCAUCACAGCCGGCGCAGGCUCCCUGGCGCCUGGGCGCAGCGAGUUCUUCCACCUGCCCUCGGAGGUGCUGGGCUGCGUACUGGCCGGCUUCGUGCCGGCGGCCGGCGGCGGCGCGGGCGGGGGCGAGCCCCAGCACUGGGCAUCCAGCGCCGUGGACUUCCUUAGCAACCUGCAGGGCAAGGAGGUGCACGGGCGGGUGCAGGACGUGCUGCUCCCCCAUCGCCUCGUCCUUCUGGAGGUGCCGGAUCUUUUCCAGCAGAUGCAGGAGCUCGGCCUCGCCCGGCAGGUGCCCGACAGCCUCUUUCGCUCGCUCCUCAAGCGCUACCUCACAGCGGCCACUGCUGGCAUGGGCCCCGGGGUCCCUGUUCUCCCUCGAGUCCUGCCCAAGCAAGAGCAACCUGGCCUGGAUUACUUCUAUCCCCAGCUGCAGCUGGGCGUGACAGAGCCUGUGGUGGUAACCCAAGUGUGCCAUCCCCACCGCAUUCACUGCCAGCUCCGGAGUCUCUCUCAGGAGAUUCACCGCCUCUCCGAGAGCAUGGCCCAGGUAUACCGCAGCUCAACCGGGACAGGAGAUGAGAACUCCACCAGUGCCACCUGGGAGGAGAGGGAGGAAAGAGAGGAAAGCCCAGACAAGCCGGGUGCUCCGUGUGCUUCCUGUGGAUUAGAUGGACACUGGUACAGGGCACUCUUGCUUGAAACUUUUCGGCCGCAGCGCUGUGCCCAGGUGCUUCACGUAGACUAUGGAAGGAAGGAGUUAGUGAGUUGUAGCAGUCUUCGGUACUUGCUGCCUGAGUAUUUCCGGAUGCCCGUGGUGACCUACCCUUGUGCUUUGUAUGGACUCUGGGACGGUGGGACAGGCUGGUCUAGGUCACAGGUCGGUGACCUAAAAGCACUGAUACUGGGCCAGGCAGUGAAUGCAAAAAUUGAAUUUUAUUGUUCCUUUGAGCAUGUAUACUAUGUCACACUGUAUGGAGACGAUGGAAUUAAUCUUAACUGUGUGUUUGGAGUACAGUCAUGUUGCUUGGCUGACAGAUUCCUUCAGAACCAGGGAAUAGAUGAGGAGGAGGAAGAAGAAGAAUCAGAAACAGCUGUUCACUCUCAGUCUCCUUCUGAAGAAAUGGAUGAAGAGAUUUCACUUCCAUCCCUAAGAUCUAUCAGGUUGAAGAUUAAUGCCUUCUAUGAUGCCCAGAUAGAGUUUGUUAAAAGUCCUUCUGAGUUUUGGAUUAGGUUAAGGAAACACAAUGGCACCUUGAACAAGUUGAUGAGGAGAAUGUGCAGUUUCUAUUCCUCGGCCACUAAGCUGGAUGGUGUAGUUUUGAAACCUGAACCUGAUGACCUUUGCUGUGUCAAGUGGAAAGAAAAUGGCUAUUAUCGGGCCAUAGUCACCAGAUUAGAUGACAAAAGUGUAGAUGUAUUUUUGGUGGACAGAGGCAAUUCAGAAAAUGUGGACUGGUGUGAUGUAAGGAUGUUGCUUCCUCAGUUUAGGCGGCUGCCAAUACUGGCUCUGAAAUGCACUCUAGCUGAUAUUUGGCCUUUGGGGAAAAGUUGGAGCCAGGAGGCAAUUUUCUUUUUUAAAAAGACUGUGCUCCACAAAGAAUUAGUUAUCCAUGUCCUUGAUAAACAGGAUCAUCAAUAUGUUAUUGAGAUUCUUGAUGAAUCACGAACAGGGGAAGAAAACAUCAGUAAAGUAAUUGCACAAGCUGGAUAUGCCAAGUAUCAGGAAUUUGAAACAAAGGAUAAGAUCCCAGUAAGCCCCCGUUCCCCAGGGAUUGUUUCAAGCCAUUUUACUGCAGAGAAUAACAAAGUAUCUUCUAUCAAGAAGGUAGAAGUAGACCAGAAAGCAAGGAAGAAUCAUAAAACUACAUGUGUUUCAGAAGGUUUGAUUGGCACAACAAUUGUUACAAAUGUUUCAGCUGGACUUGUUUUGCAGGAAAAAGAGAAAAGAACAUUGGUUUAUACUUCACUUACGCAGGAUUUCUUGAAAAUUAAGCCAGGCUCUUCUUGUGAAGGAGAGCUAGAAGUUGGAAGUACAGUAGAAGUCAAAGUGUCUUACGUUGAAAACCCUGGCUAUUUCUGGUGCCAGCUGACUAGGAACAUACAAGGAUUUAGAACUCUAAUGUGUGAUAUUCAGGACUAUUGUAAAAACACGGCUACUGCUUAUCAGGGAACCACCCCAGCUUGUUUGGCAAAGCGAACAGUAAAUGGAAAAUGGUCCAGAGCUCUGAUUAGUGGAGCACAAUCUGCAGAGCAUGUCAAAGUAAUAUUUGUAGAUUAUGGAGACAAAGAUACGGUAUCUGUGAAGAAUAUAUAUUCAAUUAGUGAAGAGUUUCUUAAGAUUAAGGCUCAGGCUUUUAGGUGCAGUCUUUAUAAUUUAAUUCAACCAACUGGUCAAAAUCCCUUUGUUUGGGAUGAAAAGGCAAUACAAGCUUUUAGUGAGUUUAUAGAUAACGCAUGGGAAGGCAAUUUAGAAUUGAAAUGCACAAUAUUUGCUUUGGCAUCCAUACAUGAUGAAGAACUCUUUCAUGUCGUAGAUUUGCUAACACCCUUUCAGAGUGCGUGCCAUACUUUGGUAGAAAAGGGACUUGCAAGACCAGUAAAACUUCAGAAGCCUCUAGAGCCUUCUGUUCGACUACAUUCCUACUACUAUUCAACACAUGAUAUGAAAAUUGGAAGUGAGGAAUUAGUGUAUAUAACACAUGUUGAUGACCCUUGGACGUUUUAUUGUCAACUAGCAAGAAAUGCAAACAUUUUGGAACAGUUGUCAUGUAAUAUUACACAAUUAAGUAAAGUUUUGCUGAAUUUAAAACCAUUUCCCUUCAUCUGUGGAAACUUGUGCCUUGCCAAAUAUACUGAUGAAAACUGGUACAGGGGAAUAGUAAUAGAAAAAGAACCAAAUAAAAUCUUCUUUGUUGAUUUUGGCAAUGUUUAUGUAGUAACAAAUGAUGAUCUGCUUCCCAUUCCUAGUGAUGCAUAUGAUGUCUUACUUUUGCCCGUGCAAGCUGUUAAAUGUUCCUUAUCUGAUAUUCCUAAUCAUAUACCAGAAGAAGUUACAACAUGGUUUCAGGAUACUAUUGUAGAUAAGUCAUUGAAGGCAUUGGUUGUAGCAAAAGAUCCAGAUGGAAGACUCAUUAUAGAACUGUAUGAUGGCAGUAUUCAAAUUAAUGCAAAUAUUAAUGAGAGGUUAGGGCUACUUGGUUACAAAGAUAGGGCAAGAAAAGAAGAAGAAAGGAAAAUACUCCUCUCUACAACUGAAACUCUUGAUGAAAAUAUAAAGCUGUCACCUACAGAAUAUUUAAGUAAAUCAGUAGAGGACAAAUUAUACAGUAUGGAGAUCUUGGGAGAAUCUUACAAACCCAAGAUCAGCUCAGCAUGUAAGGAAUCCAAACUUUUACAAAGUUCAACAAAGACAAAUGUAGUCACUCGGUAUCAGAACUCUGUGGGAAAUAAUCAAGUGUCGCUAUUAACAACAGAGAAGAUGGAAGGAAUUUUUGCUAAGUCACCUUUAAAGCCCACAAAACUAGAAGCCAUUGCUUCAGAGGAAAAAACAGGAGAAUGUAACAAAGAUUUGCCUCUUAAAUUUUGUGAGUUUCCUCAGAAGAACAUAAUGCCUGGCUUUAAAACAACUGUUUAUGUUUCUCACAUAAAUAACCUUUCAGACUUUUAUGUUCAGUUAAUGGAAGAUGAAUCUGAAAUUAAUCAUCUUUCAGAGAGAUUAAACAAUGUCAGAACAAGACCUGAAUAUUAUAAAGGUCCACCUUUGCAAAGAGGAGAUGUAGUAUGUGCCAUUUUCCCAGAAGACAAUUUAUGGUAUCGGGCUGUGGUCAAGGAACAACAACCUAAUGACCUUUUCUCUGUACAGUUUAUAGAUUAUGGCAAUGUUUCUGUGGUUUGUACUAACAAGAUAGGUAGGCUUGACCUAAUUAAUGCAAUAUUACCGGGAUUGUGCAUUCAUUGCUCGUUAAAGGGACCUUGGGUCCCUGAGAUUAUAAACUGUAAGGAAAUGAUACAUUACUUUUCCGAAAGGACAGAUGAGGCUCAAAUAAGAUGUGAAUUUGUUAAAUUUCAAGAUAGAUGGGAAGUUAUUCUUGCUGAUGAACAUGGGAUCAUAGCAGAAGACAUGAUUAGCAGAUAUACUUCCAAUGAAAAAUCUCAAGAAGAACUUUCUACCCAAAUAGUUAAAGGUGUCCAUUCAAAGUCUGUUAACAAAUCAGACAUUGACACUUCAGUAUUUCUUAACUGGUAUAAUCCAGAGAUGAAGAUUGUAAGAGCUUAUGCAUCUGUGAUAGAUGGACCUGAGUACUUUUGGUGUCAGUUUGCUGAUACUGAGAAACUUCAGUAUUUAGAAGUGGAAGUACAAACUGCUGGAGAACUGGUAGCAAAGUGGAGAAAUUGUAUCACAUAUCCUCAUAUUGGAGAUCCCUGCAUAGUGAAAUAUAGGGAAGAUGGGCAGUAUUAUAGAGCAUUUAUCACUAAUAUUUGUGAAGAUUAUUUUGUAUCCGUCAGGCUUAUGGACUUUGGAAACAUUGAAGACUGUGUGGACCCAAAAGCACUCUGGAAUAUUCCGUCUGAACUUCUGUUGGUUCCCAUGCAAGCCUUUCCAUGUUGCCUCUCGGGAUUUAAUAUUUCGGAAGGAGUAUGCCCUCCAGAGGGAAAUGACUAUUUUUUUGAAAUAGUAACAGAAGAUGUGUUGGAACUAACGAUAUUGGAGAUCAGGAGGGAUGUUUGUGAUAUUCCUUUAGCGAUUGUUGACUUGAAAAGCAAAGGUGAAAGUAUUAAUGAGAAAAUGAAGAAAUAUUCUAAGAUUAGUAUUACUAACAGUGAUCCACCCUGUGAAAAAAGUGGUCCAGAGAGAAAGGGAGCCCUUGGGUACCCCAGUCCUGAUGUUGGACUUAAGAAACAAAGUAAUAAAAUUGAACAAGAUAAAACACUAUCUGUGGAACCACAGAAAGAUGAGAUCUCAGAAAAAACUGAAGAAGAUUCAAACAUUAUUGAAACCAAAUCAUGUAAAUCCUAUGACCGUGAAACUAAUAGUAUUCUUGAAGCUUUUGAAACCCCAUGCAAAGAUAAAAUUGGUACUGAAGUGCUAGAAGGUAAAGUAGAGUGCCAUUUGGUUGACAAAGCAAAGUUUGAUGAUAAAUACCUAAGGGCAGGACAUAACAAAUUACUACCAUGUGUUAGUGAAACAAAGGAGAUACUAGAACUGAAUUCACUUCAGGUGCCAUUUUCUUCUGAUGGUGAAUCAAAAGAAUUGUUAGAACUAGAAUCCAUUGAGUUACAACUUUCUCUAGUUGGGAAGGAAAAUAAAGAAGAGCUCAGCUUGGCACCACUUUUCCAAGGCUGUGAUACAGAGGACACCCUGGAACCACUUACAGAGCAGCUUCCACCCAACGGUGAAGCCGAGAAACAGCGAGAACUGGAACUACCUACAGCCCAGCUGUCUCUAGAUGACAAAGUAAAUCCUUUGCCUUUAAAACUUGGUCAGAAAGCCCAAGAAUCAGUGUGUGCUGAGGACAUCAGAAAGUCAAAUUGUGUGGAAUGUUUUGAUGAGCGGCCCAGGAUACCAUUGCAUCUACAUGGAAAAAAUUGCAAUCCCAAAAUGCAGAUUGAAAUGAAUAUAUUUAAAGAAGAAUUGAUGGAAUAUAAAAACAGGGGUACCAUUUCAUCAUUGACUCCUUUGUUCUCUGAAGAGGAAUCUGGAGAUGGAAGGAAGCACAAUAAUGCUUUACAAGAUCAUGUCUCAGCUCAACCAGAGAACACCUAUACUCUGAAAGGAUUUACUGUUGGAUCCAAAUGUGUUGUGUGGUCAAGUCUAAGAAACAUGUGGUCUAAGUGUGAGAUUUUGGAAAUAGCUGAAGAAGGCACAAAAGUUUUGAACCUUUCAAAUGGUAUGGAGGAGAUAGUGGAUCCUGAGAAUGUCUGGAACGGCAUACCUAAUUUGGAUAAGAGUCCAUCUGAGGUAUAGAAUUAUGUAAUAAGUAAUUAAUGGGAGUGUUGCCCUUCAUUUUGAAAGGUGACUUAUAAAACUAUUUCCAAAGUCCUUGUGUUAGGAAAAGUUGAGAAAAAAAUUAUAAUGUAACAAAAACAAUUCAAAAAAGUGAUUAAAAAAAAUCAAGGUUCUGGACCUU